AUGGCGUAUGGACAGAUUGUGAUAGGUCCACCGGGGUCUGGGAAGUCGACAUACUGUAAUGGGUGCAGCCAGUUCUUUAAUGCCAUCGGCAGACACGCUCGGAUCGUGAACAUGGACCCUGCAAACGACUCGCUGCCCUACCAAUGCGAUGUAGACAUUCGAGACUUUAUUACUCUGGAGGAAAUCAUGAACGAGCAGCACCUGGGGCCCAACGGAGGGCUGGUGUAUGCGUUUGAGUCGGUGGAGCACUCACUGUCGCUGUUUGCGCUGCAGAUCAAGACGCUGGUCAAGGAUGAGAACGCAUAUCUCGUCUUUGACUGCCCCGGUCAGGUGGAGCUGUUCACGCAUCACUCGGCGCUCUCCAAGAUAUUCCAGCAGCUGGUGCGCGACUUGGACCUACGAGUGUGCGUGGUGAACUUGAUGGACAGCAUCUACAUUACAUCGCCGUCGCAGUAUGUCUCGGUACUGCUGCUGGCGCUGCGCUCAAUGUUGAUGAUGGACCUGCCCCAUAUUAACGUUCUCUCUAAGAUCGAUAUGCUGAGCUCGUACGGCGACCUGCCGUUCCGGCUCGACUACUAUACCGAGGUGCAAGACUUGGAGUAUCUGCAACCGCAUAUUGAACGCGAACACAAGGGAGCCAAGGCGUUGAGGUACCGCCGACUAACGGAGGCCAUAGGAGAGGUGGUUUCGGACUUCAACCUGGUCGCCUUCGAGGUGCUUUGCGUCGAUGACAAACAGAGCAUGAUCAACUUGCAAAGCGCAAUCGACAAGGCCAAUGGUUAUAUUUUUGGUGCCUCCGAAGUUGGUGGCGAUACUGUGUGGGCGGAGGCAACCCGCCAGGGCACUGCUGCAAUUGAAUAUGACAUUCAGGACAGAUGGAUCGACAACAAGGACUUUUAUGACAAGGAGGAAGAGGCUAGGCGCAAGAAGUUACUUGAGGAGCAUGAGCUUCUGGAGAAAGAAGUUGAUGUCAACCAGGAUGAUGAAUGGGAACGCGCAGUGAAGGAAUGGGAGUCCCAGCACUCUGUGAACUUCGUUAAAUGA